AUGGACAUAGUGGAUGAUCCCAACAUGACCCUCAUGGAACUUCGCGACUUGUUGAUAGCUACGGAAGCAAGUAUACAAGAAACAGUUCAACUCAUUGACCCCACAUUGGUCAUCGAUCAUGGAGAUGCUAAAGAUGAGAAGAUUUCUUGUCCAAAUAAAAAUGGAAAGGCCAAGGUUGGAAAGUCUAACCGAGGUACUAAGAGAAAGGUCCAUGAUGGAAUAGCUAAUUGUGCUGAUCCACAUGAGGCAGUUUGCUUUUACUGCCAAGAAAAGGGACACUGGAAGCGUAGUUGCCCUAAAUACCUCGAGGAACUUAACACGGGCAAAUUCAAAGUGGCUAGCACCUCAGAGAAGGAUUCUGGUUUGGAUCCUCAUCAUCCAAACAAGGUGGCACGCACAAGGAGUCAAGCUCGAAGGUCAUUAGCUGCUAUACAGGAAAGUCAAGCUGAUUCAUAUCGGUAUUUUUGA